AUGGUGAAAUUUGGCUCCUAUUCGUUCCUAUUCUGCGCUCUUACAUUGGCAUUGGAUAUACUGGGGCUGCUUGUGAUUGGAACAAAAGCAGAUCCUUAUGACUUUACCAAGAACAGGAAGUCUGAUAGUGAGUCAGAUUUGGAUGAUGGCAGCACGUCAGAGUUGUCAGGUCAUUGGACUGAUGGUUGGAGCACCAAUUCGGGAGAUGGGGAUGACUUGAACGGGUUGGAGGAACCGCUGACUAAGGAAGGGGAUAGUGGCCAUUCCGACAGUGAAUACGACGGUAGGGAUGGUGGUGGAAGCUAUAUGCAUGCUGCUGCAGAGGAUCCUGCAAACUCCGAGAAUGUCAUGGGUAAACAAUUCAGUUGUCCAGACCCUGUGAUUGCUUCCGUGUUGUUAUCUGCAGAAUUUAAUGGGAUUGGAGAUGCGUAUGCAAGCUAUGUCGCGUAUGCAAAGGGAAUUAGCUUUGCAGUGCGAAAGGGAGAUUCUAUUAAAGACGAGGAGGGGAAUAUUGUUAGGAAGUUUUUCCUCUGCAAUCGGCAAGGGCUGCGUGAAAAGAAGCAUUACGAGCGAGUUGAUAGAAAAAGGACUCAUAAACCGGAGACGAGAACGAAUUGCAAUGCCAAGCUUGUGGUGUUUCUGGACAAAAGUUGUAGGAAAUGGCGGACGAAAACAUUGGUCGAGGAACAUAAUCACGAAUUGGUGCCCCAGGAGUUCACUAAUGUCAUGGCUCCACAUAGGAAGAUCCUAGAAGGGGACAAAGCGCAUAUACAUAGCAUGCAUGAAGCUGGGUUCAAAACAACUCAAAUAAUGGGCUUCUUUGCCCACAUGUGUGGUGGAUAUCGGAAUCUUAACUUCAUUAGUAAGGACUUGUAUAAUUAUAUGGAUGGAGUUAGGCAAUCAAGGAUUGUCGAGGGAGAUACAGCCGCAGCAAUAAGCUAUUUGAAGGGCAAGGCUGAGUUGGAUCCGAUGGCAGUUGUACAGUACUCUUAUUACGCUGAGAAGCACCUUGGGCACCUAUUUUGGUCAUAUGGUAACAUGCAGCAUGACUAUGAAUGCUUUGGUGAUGUGUUAGCAUUUGACUCAACGUACAGAAAAAACUUAUAUAACAGACCUCUUGUGAUCUUUUCUGGCACCAACCAUCAUAGACAGACAAUUAUUUUUGGGUUUGAUUUGCUAGAGGACGAGAAGAUUCCGUCCUACAAAUGGUUGUUAAGUAGCUUCUUGGAGGUAAUGAGGCACAAGGAGCCGAAAGUCGUUGUCACAGAUGGCGAUGAAUCCAUGCGAGAAGCCAUUAGAUGUGAAUUCCCUAGUGCGACACAUAGACUAUGCACCUGGCAUCUUGCUCAAAAUGCAGUUGUUAAUAUUAAAGACAAAGAUUUUUGUGCUGCGUUUAAGACUGCUGUGUAUGGUCACUUUGAUAUGGAAGAAUUUGACAGAUAUUGGGUAGACAUGAUCACGUCAUUCGGUUUAGAGGACAACGAUUAG